GGGGUUGUUGCAUAGAACUAAUUAAUUUCACUAAGUGAUUUAGACGCAUAUUAAGAAAAAAAAAUGGAGGGUCUUAUGAAAUUGCUGUGCAUUGUUGGUAUUGCAGUCCUUGUUGCAGGAACUCAUAGAGUUGAAAGUGCUGGUGAAUGUGGAAGGGGUACUACACCAGAUAAUGAAGCUUUUAAGCUUAUUCCUUGUGCAAGUGCAGCAAAAGAUGAAAAUGCUAGUGUCUCACAAAGUUGUUGUGCUCAGGUUAAGAAACUUGGUCAGAAUCCAAGUUGUCUUUGUGCUGUUAUGCUUUCAAACGUUGCUAAAAUGUCUGGUGCUAACCCUCAAAUUGCUGUUACUAUCCCUAAGCGUUGCAACCUUGCUGAUCGUCCCGUUGGUUACAAGUGUGGACCUUACACUCUCCCUUGAAAGAGUUGAGGUUGUUGAUGAAAACAAACAUAAAUGGGAUAUGCAUUGAUGCUGUUAGCUACUAUUAUGGUCACCACAACUUAGUUGUGUUGUAUUGUAACUUUCUUGUUUGUUUAUAGUGUGGAUAAGAGCUAGCAGCUCACUUGUGUACACCCUCAUGAAUAAAACAGUUUCACUUUCAGUGUUUUAUUUUA